CUCUGGGACUCUGCACUGGGCAUUGCAUGCACUGCUUCCCCUUCACCCUGGGGAACGGGCUGAGAACAGGGCUGUGUGCUUGGGUUAAGGUUCUGGGAAAAGUGUUAGGCUCUCUAGAAGGAAAAAGAAACAGGUAAAAGCAGAGCUUUUGCUUGGUGGAGCACUGAGGAUAUUUUGAGUUCGUUGCAGCAGAGACUCCUCCCUGAUCCUUUUGCAGCUGAUUUUGCUCGGUGCACUUCCCAAAGCAGCUGUGUUUGAAAGAUGGUGGGUUCCCAAAGCAGGUGAUGCUCGCUUGAUCCGGAGCCAUGUCCCGGUACCUGAAACACUUCACGGUGGUGGGGGAUGACCCCGUACAGUGGAGCAACGAUUAUAAAAAGUGGGAGGAAGAGGAGGAGGACAAUGGGGAGAAGGAUUCGGAGAUCAAACUGGAGCCCUCCCGUGCCCACGUCACCUUCCAAGAUGUGAUGAAGAAGCUCUUCAGUUCACGCAGGUUUCAGAUUGUCAUUGUCUUCUUGGUCGUCGUGGAUGCCUUGCUGGUCCUUGGGGAAUUGCUGAUGGACUUGAAGAUCAUCCAUCCAGACAAAUAUCACAUAGCCCCAAAGGUUUUCCACUACCUCUCCCUUUCUAUUCUCACCAUCUUCCUGGUUGAGGUGGGGUUUAAAAUCUUCAUUUAUGGCCGGGAAUUCUUCCACCACAAGUUCGAAGUGCUGGACAGCGUCGUUGUCGUCGUGUCUUUCAUCCUCGACCUCGUCCUGCUCUUUCGGGAGCACGAGUUUGAAGCUGUGGGGCUCCUGAUACUGCUGCGGCUGUGGCGUGUGGCCAGGAUCAUCAAUGGAAUAAUUUUAUCGGUGAAGACCCGCUCUGAACAACAAGUGUCCAAGCUAAAGCAGGUGAACCUGAAACUCGCCACAAAGGUUGAACAACUUCAACACAGCUGUGUGGAGAAGGAGCAAGAAAUUGAAAGGCUUACCAGGAUGUUAAAACAGCACGGGCUCAUCAGCGAGCAAACGUAGAAGGCCAGUUUUCCAAGGUGGGGAAGUCUGCCGUGGAGAGUGCAGCGUUGAAACGUAUCAGAUUGACCUGAAGGGUUUUCCUCUCUGCCUGCUUUCUCUGCUGUAGUGUUUCUGUAAAUGUUUUCUAUUUGACCACACUUUGAUUAGAUCUUGGGAUUGUGAAAAUAGCUUUACUGGAAAAUUAAAUGAGUGCUCCCUGUAAGCAGUGACUCCACAAGACCCUUGUACAGCUGUACAGACAAGUGCAAAAUAAUUUAAUAAAGACACAACUUUACAAGCUGUACAUUCAGGAAGUACCACUCAUUUCAAGGAAUUCUGUUUUUCAGUGAUAAGGUUCUUUGUUUUGCAUCACCCUGUAGAAACUUGCUGUAGCAGACGUAAGAAUCCAGGCUGGAAAGGUCAUUUCAUCUCUCACAGCUGACCAUUCACCACUGCUACAUCUCUUCUUUGCUAACAGCUCUUUUUCACGCUGCUGGUUGAUUCAUUUUCUGUUGCUGCUUGUGCCACUUCAUUAUUUAUGUAAUCUGACUUCUUUAGCUGGCAAUCACAUGAGCCCCAGAAUGGAGGCAAACACAUGCCAUCUUAUGUCAAACAAUGCUUGAUUCUCAACAGCAGAUCUGAGUUCUGAUCCUGUGUUCUAUCAUCUCUUCUUCCAUUUAAGUGUUCGUUUGCAGCCUGCUGGGCUACAAAGUCAUCUGCUUCCACAGCUCAUAAAUGAACACAUUAAAGGAAUCUGUAAGACAAGAUCUAGGUGAGUGGACUUCUGGGAACAGUUAGACUCCAGGAAAAAUAAAUAAAUUAGGAAGCACAUUGUAAAGGACUAGGCUGGUGUCUGAAUACCAUGUCAACUUGUUCAGGUACUGGCAGCCCUGGGGUAUUUUAUAGUUAAAGAGUGAGACUUGAGGAAUAGGAAUUUCAAAAGGUGUUGACUGCAGCAGGCUUCUCCAAUUGAUUUUAGCCACAGCCAGCUGGAGGUCACUGAACUCUUCUGAAAGCAUCAUUUAACUGUUCACAUUUUUAAAAAGAAAUGUAAUAAAUUAGUGAUUUGGGGAAAAUAACCAGGAAUGUGUAUCUCAUUCAUCUAUAGAAACAGACAAAGCGGAGGCCUUAUCUAAUACCACAUGAUUAAUUAACAAUUAGCUCUGCUGUUCACAGAAUAAUAAAACCUCAUUUCCUGUAGAGCUGUGCUGCUUCCCUUUCUUUCCCUUUCCACCUGCUUGCCAUGAGCCCCAGACCAUUGAUCUGGGGUGAGCUCAGGGUGCCCAGCUGCUGGCUGAAUGUGUGCUGACAGGCCAGCUUGCAGCCCCCAAGAAGCUCAUGUGCAACAUUUUUUCCUCCCAGCAGAAGUGCAAUUGGUGCAACUCAUCACUCAUGCUGCUUUCUCUUUUUUCCCCUGCCUUAAAGCUUUUGAGAACCCUCACGAGGGCUCGCUCACCUUUUCUUCUAUUGAACAGUUUUUAACUCGGCAUGCCUACAGUUUGGAAGGAAGGGAUGGCCAGCACAGUGACUGGAUAAACCUUGCUUCUUUGGGAAAUGGAUUAAAAAUAGAAAAAGAAAUUAAAGAAAUUAGCUUUUUAUCCUUUUUUUUUUUUUUUUUUUUG